AUGCCAGAUGAGGAAGGAGCAGCGGUGGAUGGGGAAGGAGUUGUAGAUGAGGGAGGGGUUGUGUAUGAGGCAGCAGUAGUAGAUGAAGCAAGAUUGUCAGACGAGGGGGCUGUGGAUGAGGAAGAUGAUGUAGUUGAGGCAGGGGCUGCAAGAAUGUCUGAUGAAGAGGGAGCUGGAGGUGACACGGGGGUCGCAGGUGUUAUAGGAGCUAUGGAUUGGGCAGGGGCUGCAGAUGAGGUAGGAGCUGCAGGAGAAGGAGGCGUUUUAGAGGCAGGAGCGGGAGGUGAUGAGGGGUCUGCAGGUGAUGAGGGCUUUGGAGAUGAUGAGGGGUUUGCAGGUGACGAGGGCUCUGGGAGCGAUGAGGGGUCCGCAGGGGAUGAAGGCUCUGUGGAUGAUGGAGGGGCCGUGGGAGAAGCAGGAGCUGCAGGAGAGGAUGAGGCAGGAGCAGUAGGUGAGGCAAGACUGUCAGAUGAGGAGGGAGCUGCAGGUGACAUGGGAGUUGCAGGCAUUCUAGGAGCCGUGGGAUUGGCAGGAGCCGCAGGGGAGGCAGGAGGCUCAGGUGAGGAAGGGCCCUUUGAUGUGGCAGGAGGGGCACGUGGGGCUGGAGCCUGGACCCAGCAGUGGGGCCAAGCCGUGCCGCCCAUCCUGGAAAACAUGGCCUACCAGGAGCUGAGGCACUUCUCUGGGAUGGAAGAGCCCGGCUGUGGGGGUCUGUCUUUCGAGAGCUGGUUGGACCACGCCAGUGACAUGCUAUACAUGUGGCGCCACAUAUCCGAGACGGAACGGCAUCGGCGGCUGGUCAAGAGCUUGGGCGGCCCUGCCCUGGAUCUCCUGUGUGAGCUUCUGGAAGAGAAUCCAGACACCCCUGCGCAGGACUGCCUGGCUGCACUGGUGCAGGUGUUUGGCAACAAGGAUACUAUCACAAGUUCAAAAUUUUAA